AUGGCAUUCAACGCUCCCGGUGGUCGUGGCGGACGCGGCGGUGGAUUCGGUGCUCGCGGUGGACGAGGCGGAGGAGCUGGUGGCCGUGGCGGCGGACGUGGUGGUGGAUUCUCGGCACGCGGCGGUGCUGCUGGAGGACGCGGUGGUGCUCGCGGCGGCGGACGUGGCGGAGGACGCGGCGGUGCUCCUCGCGGUGGCGGUCGCGGCGGUGCCGGCGGACGUGGUGGUCGUGGCGGUGCCCGCGGCGGCAAGGGCGGUGUUGGCGCCAAGGGCGGCGCCAAGGUGAUCCUCGAGCCUCACCGUCACCCGGGAGUGUUCGUCGCAAAGGGCAAGGAGCACCUCCUCGUCACGCGCAACCUCGUCCCCGGCGAGUCGGUCUACGGCGAGAAGCGCAUCUCGAUCGAGCAGCCCAAUGCCGACCCCAACUUGCCUGCCGAGAAGGUCGAGUACCGCGUUUGGAACCCGUUCCGCUCCAAGUUGGCGGCUGGUAUCCUCGGUGGUUUGGACGACAUCCACAUCGGCCCCGGCAAGAAGGUCCUCUACCUCGGUGCCGCCAGCGGAACGUCCGUCUCGCACGUCGCCGAUGUCGUCGGUCCGGAGGGCACCGUCUACGCUGUCGAGUUCUCUCACCGCUCUGGUCGUGACCUCGUCAACAUGGCCAAGAAGCGCACCAACGUCAUCCCCAUCGUCGAGGACGCCCGUCACCCCAACAAGUACCGCAUGCUCCUCUCGAUGGUCGACGUCGUCUUCGCCGACGUUGCUCAGCCCGACCAAGCGCGUAUCGUCGCUCUCAACGCCCACCACUUCCUCAAGCGGGGAGGACACGCCGUCAUCUCGAUCAAGGCGUCUUGCAUCGACUCGACUGCGCCGGCGGAAGCCGUCUUUGCCGCCGAGGUCAAGAAGUUGCAGAGUGAGGGAUUCAAGCCCAGGGAGCAGUUGACGCUUGAGCCGUACGAGCGUGACCACGCGAUGCUUAUUGCCCUUUACCAGCGCGAUUCCAAGUAA